AUGAACCCCUUAUCACAGCAACAUAGUGUAGCUAGUAUUGGAAGCUUGUUGGGCAACUUGCCUUUACAAGGAGAUUCAAGCUUACAACAAAAAACUCCACUUAUUUCUGGGGUUCAUAUUCCAGGCAGAACACCUUGUACUCCGCUCACUUUAUCUACUCCGUUGCAAGACCGAGAUGGUGCAAUCCCGGUACCCCAAUUACAGAAUAUUGUAUGUACCGUAUAUUUAGGAUGUAAAUUAAAUUUGAAGAAUAUAGCACUUAGUGCUCGAAAUGCUGAAUAUAAUCCAAAACGUUUUGCUGCAGUUAUAAUGCGUAUACGUGAACCUCGAACAACUGCUUUGAUUUUUUCUUCUGGUAAAAUGGUGUGUACAGGUGCAAAAAGUGAAGAGCAAGCAAGACUAGCUGCAAGAAAAUAUGCUCGUAUUAUUCAAAGGCUUGGAUUUGAAGCUCAUUUCAAAGAGUUCAAAAUUCAAAAUAUGGUUGGUUCAUGUGAUGUCCGCUUUCAUAUACGUCUUGAAGGUUUAGUAUUGUCACAAGGUCAAUUUGCAACAUAUGAGCCAGAAUUAUUCCCUGGGUUAAUUUAUCGUAUGACUAAACCAAAGAUAGUCUUAUUAGUCUUUGUUUCUGGGAAGAUUGUUUUAACAGGAGCAAAGGUUCGUGAAGAAAUUUAUGAAGCUUUUAAUAACAUUUAUCCAAUUUUGAAAAAUUUUAAAAAAUCUGACAAAGAUCCUAGAGCUCUCACAUCAUCAUCAAAUUAUAUGCACCCAUUAACUUGA